GUUCAGUCUGUAUGUCCGUAAAAUAUCCGGUAGGAGAUUUGGUUCUGUCGUCCUGGAAACCCGCCACGUAUGGGCGCUUUGUCUAAAACACUUUUCCGAGGAAAACCGCCUGUAUCUUUAGUUAACUAGAUGUCGGGCCUCUGGUGCAAUUAGCUUAGCGAAACAGAUGAGAAGAGAAGUAGAACUGGCGAAAGUUUGGGAAACAAGUAGCUAGCUCAAGCGGUGUCUUACCACGGGUGUAUUAUACUGUUAGUCAGGUGGACGCUAGCUGAAAGCCAGCAUGACCCAGCAAGCUGCUGCUCUGCAGACUUAUAACAAUGAACUUGUCAAAUGUAUUGAGGAUCUGCGCUCCAGGCGGGAGGAGUUGAACCGUCAGAUCAAGCUGGAGGAAGAGGAGAAGGACCGGCUGCAGCACGACAUUCGAGUCCUCUCAGAGAAGCUGAGCAGGGUCGAUAAGAGCCUGCAACAAAGACUCGCCACCCGCGCCACUUAUGACCGCACCAUCGCAGAGACUGAGGCUGCAUACACCAAGAUCUUGGAGAGUUCCCAGUCUCUUCUGAGUGUCCUGAAGCAGGAGGCAGGAAACCUCAGUAAAGCCACAGAGCCCCUGUGGAAGGAGUACUAAUGGCAAUGAAAGGUCACUGAAUUCUCAUUUUGACCACAAGACACUUGACUCUUCACUUAACACAGCUUGUACUUGACUCUGGACUAUUUGUAAUAUAUUUGAUUUAUGGAAAGUUCCUUAUUCUAAUAAAUGUAUUUCUUACAUCA